AUGCCACAGCCUCUUGCAACACCCCGAACAGAAAAUGCCAACGACGAAUCGACCGAGCGCUCGGACCCACCAAGAGAUGACAUGCCUGUCGACGAGGACAGCACUGCGGACUUGCGCACUUCUCAGACACCGGACGCGCUGAACAACGCUUCGGUAUUUUCCCUACCUGCAAUCUCUCCUGACCUGUGGACCGCCGAUCGACCUGUUUGGAUAAUGGGCGUCCCUGUUGGAGACGGUGAGACCGCAGAUGGUCGUUGGUUAGCCACCAUGGACACAUGUGAUGUUAUAUUGCUGCGUGAAAAGCAAGCAGACUGUCCGGAAGUAGUCACUGGUUCAGCAUCCUCUGUGUACGCAUUUCAUGUUAGACCGCCAUCCCGUUUGCGUCCAACAAACCACGCCCGGCAAACUCGAUCUCAUGGACGAGCCCGAUCAUUGGGAAGAAUCCUGCUUUCAGAUAAGCAACCCAUUUCGAAGUCUUGA